AGAGGUAGAAAAAAAAGUUUCAAGACCGUGUAUGUAUAUAUGUGUUAAAAAAUUAUAUUUUAGGCAAAUAUGUACUUCGUACAACGUAAAUUUAUACAGUCAGAUUAUAAUGUAUAACUUAAUAUUUAAAUGUGUUUGUGUAUAAUACUAAAGAACUAAAAAAAACAUUUUACAUUAAUAGUAACAAAUUUGAACCUUUUUUAUAAUUUAGAAAAAUAGUUUUUAAUAUUAAAGUGCUUUUUGUGAUUAAGAGCAGCAAGUUCAGCAUAUUCUCGGGCUUUGGUUGUAAGUUCUAAUAGAUUUGAAUUUUAAAUCGUGGCUGAAAAUUUUUGUAAUUCUUCUAAAUAUGAGAUUUAUUUUUAUAUAUUAGAUAUUAUUUUUGACUGGAACCUUUAAGGGUUUCGGUUUGGUUUCAGUUCUCGAAAAUAUAGAAUUUCGGUUUCGGUACUUAAAAAAAACAUAUUAAGUGUUCCGGUCUUGUGAUUUUUAAAAAGUUUCGGUGUUUUUGGUAGGAUAUUUUAAGGUUAACCAUUGUUGAGACUUUUUUAUAUUUUUAUUUCACCAUAAAAUAAACCACUAAGCCCACUUAACUUAUAGCAGAGCAGUAUACAAUAGUAUAGAAUACAAUAUUUUCAAUAUAAUAUAUUAGUUUCUUCAAUACGUACAAAGGUCCAAGAGUUAUAUAUGUAUAUAUAUAUAUUAUAUGUAUCUGUGUUAGGAAACAACCGCUGUUAUCAGUACGUGAUAAUGUUAAGUCAUCUACCAUAGUCGAUUACAAUAGAAUCAUUUGCUUGGGAGAAAACAUUAUUUGUGUGCAUGUUUAUUGUAACAAUUGUGUUUUUAUAUUUUGUUUUUAAUGGUUUAUUUUCUUUUGAUAAUCAUUUGACUGUAUUGCAGGAGUUCACAUAGUUAAAUUUCCCAUUAAUACCUAUUUGUUCAAGCAAGUUUGUUUCCAUAAGUUUAAGCCUAAAUAGAUUUUUGGUACAUAAGUACUAUCAUAGUUUUUGUGUUUCAAUAUUUAAGAUGUGCUGUGUCAAGCUAAAUAUUAUUAAUUUAUAAAUUUUUCAUGAAUACAAAUUAUUUAUCUAUUAUGAUUAAUCUCGUUGGUUAUAAUAUCUGAAUAUAUUUAUAUUGUUGAAAAUCUAUUGGUGUAAGUGUUUUAAAUUUGUUAACCAUAAAUAAUUGUUAUAACAUAUUAUAGGAUAGAAUUUGUAGUAUUAAAAUAUGUUAAUCAGUGUUUAAUAUUAGAAUUAUUAUUUUUUAGAUUAAUCAUGGAAAAUUAUAUGACUAAAUCUGAAGUCCGAUGUGCAACUUUAUUAGAUAAUCUAUUGAACAAAAAAAUUUGUGUGGAUGAAAUUCUAGAGAAAAUUAAAUCGUUUGAACAAUUAGUAAGUUUUUAAGCUUAGGAAUCUAUUAUGAAUAAUAUAUUUUUUAAAACAGUUUCCUAUAGUCUAUUAUUUUAGAUAUUUAAUUUGUGAAUGUCCUAAAUUUGGUAAAAUUAAUUGAAUGCAUUAUGUUUAUAGAUUAUUCGUCCUGGUGUAGGAAAAAUAGAAUUCACUAUUUAUGUAAUUGAUUUUGUUCACAGCAAGACGGCGCAGUAAGUAAAUCAAUGACAUUUAUAUUAAAUUUUGAUUUGAAAUUUUUGUUAUUAUGUACCAAAAUUCCUUUAUCACUGCACAAUUGUGUUACUAAAAUUAUUUCAUUGUUUUGAAUGAAGUUUUAAAACUAAUUAUUUAAAUGAGAAUCCUUAAACAUAAAUUUAUAUACAGGUAAUUUAAUUUUUAUACUGUACGUUACAAUAAAUGAUAGCAAACAAAAAAAUGAUUCUUUGGUGAGUUUAGUUAAAAAUGUGUUGAUAAAGUUAAAUUGGAAUUUUAAUCAAUUUAGAACUACAUUCAAAAUUACAAUAAUUGUAAUUUUCAAUUAAUAAUAAAUUUGAUCAUAUAAUUUGAACUAGAAAUGCUAAAAGAAAAAUAAUGAUGUUACAUUCAACUUUUUUUUACCACUAUGUAUACUUCAUGAUAAAUGUUGUAUCACAUUUUUGUUCAUUUUUACGGAGCUUCACAAAUCUAAUUUAUGAAAAAAUAGUUGAAAAUGUAUAUUAGUUUUGUCAAAAUUUAGAAUUAAAUCACUGAUCAAUAAAAUGAGUUAAAUUUUUACUACCUACCAUUAGAAAAAUGUUAAGCAACCUGAUAUAUAAUUUUUGAGGAUUUAUACCAUCCCAAAAACUCGAAAACUUUAAGUAAUUGUAAAUAACUCAAAAGAUGUCCAAAUAUUUUAAAAAAUAAUACCAGAAAAUGUUUACAAAACACUUGAAGUUGAUGAUUAGAGCAAUAUCUGGUUUACAGGAAAAAAUACACAUAGUAAAACUAACAAUUUUGUUGUUCAGAAUUUAAAAGUUAUACAUUUCUAAUUAUAAUAAUAAACUUAAUGUUGGUAAUUUAGUUAGUGUACAUGAGUAUUUCAAAACAAAGUAAUUAGUUAAAUUUAGUUCUAUUCAAAUUUAUUCAAUAGGCACAUACAUUAUGUAUUUAUUGUAAAAAGUAAUUCAAUUCAAAACUGCUAUAAUAUUUUCAUUUAUAAAUCUAGACAGCAUACAUUGUAAAUUUAUUUAUUAUAUUUAAGAUAUAUGUAUCAAAUAUUUCAGAUUUAUAAACAUAUCAGAUAAAACCGAACCUAUUAUAAACAAUGCAUUUAAUGUACCAGAAGUUGAAUCAUCAAUGGCUGAGAAAAUUGUACCGAAAACAUCUACAUCAAAAAAUAAAUUAUCUAAUCAAGAAAAAAAAACUGUACAAAUACAUACAUUAAGUUCAAAAACCCAAAAUUUUAAACUAAAUAGUAAGUUUUAUCUUUUUAUGAUACAUUGAUUUUAUUUUUAGUUUAAUUCUUAAAUGCUCAUAUAAUAUAUGUUAUUAAUUAUUCAAUAGUUUUAUAUUAUCUUAUCUAUUUCAAAAUAUAUAGUCUUCAAACUGUUGUAUCCUAUAUCCGGUUUAUGCCGGGUUCACCGUCAAUUUUGGUUUCUUCCAUAAAUGAUGACGGAUACUUGUUCAUUUGAGUUCGACUUUUGGGAUUAAUCAAACACUGAACUCAUCUGUUUUGAAAUAAUUACUUAUUGUUUAUUAUUACUUAAAUUUAUUUAAAAAAGACAUUUAAUAAGUUCUACGUAUAACUAUACGGAAUCAUUGUUUUACUCGACUGCCGCAUGACCGCAUGACAUUCGUAUCUCAUGCGCUCGGUGAUGGAAGACAUUACAAAAAAAUUAUAUAUUGCUUACUUAGCUAAAUACAAACAAUGUUUUAAACCAAGUGUUCUCAACAAAACUAUUUACUUGUAAUAUAAAAUAUAUAUAUAUAUAUAUAUAUAUAUAUUUACAAAUUCUUGCACUCAUAUUGUACUUGAUAUUGAAGCUGAUAUAAAAUGUAGGAAAUAAUCUUAAAAAUCAAACAUUUAUAAUUAAUGUAAAAUACUAAAAAAUGUUUCAAUUAUAGAUAUUUAUAAAUGGGUGCAAUUAAAAGACAUUAUUAAAUUAAUGCUUAUAUCAUAACUAAAUAAAUUAAUGAAUAAACAAUUUUAAUUUUGUAUUACUGGGAUAAAGAAGAAUGCCAUUUUAUUUAAAUACUAACAGUGAAUAAAAAAUAACAAUGUUUUUUUUUUUAAUUUUCAGGUACUUCUAUGAACGAACAAAAGAGUUUGGAUAUACUAGGAAGUCUCUAUGCUACGAUUAUCAACUCUAACAUUUUGUGUAAUUUAUUUCAUGAAUUAGGUUAUGUAUUUACACUUCUUUCUAUCAAGAAGCCUGAAACAAAAUCCAAUAAUGACAGUUUUAAUUCCAAUACUAUCUAUUUUAAAUCACCAGAAGAUUGCCAUUAUUUUGCAUCAAAAACCAUACAGCAUUUGUCAUCAAUUUUAAUAUAUUUGGAAAAGCCAAUUAUUAAUCUUAUUUUAAAACGAAAACCGAUUAACUUAUAUGUACCAGAAUUUGCUAAAAUGCUAGAGUGUGCAUAUAACUCUACAGUUAGUAAAUAUGUUUUACCUAAUUAAUAUUAAUAAUUAAUAUAUAUUUACAAAAGUGUAAAGUUUUUUCUUCAUUCCUAGAAUGUAAAUGAUGAUAUUAAAUUUAUAAAUUCAAGUAUAACUAAAGAUAAAGUUAAAUUUGAUGAAGAACAAGAUACCAAAGAUUGUUUUCCAACCCUUAAAAUGUUUCAUGCUUUCAAAUCACAAAGGGAUGCAUUUUAUGAUUUACUUGAAGAUUGGAAACAAAAUCAGCUUCAAUUGAAUCCCAACAAAUUAGCAACUGUUUCAAAAUUGCUUACUGAAAAUAAUGGUGCUAUUAAUAUGACUAAAUUUACCAAAUUAUUUGUUGGUCUAUUGUUAAAUUCUUCAUUUGAAGAUUCAAAGGUAACUGAAAACUUCAAAAAUUUAAAUUUUUUUUACUCAAUAUUAUUGCUAUAAAUUAAUAUUUGUUUGUAAUUAUUUAUAGCUGGAUUAUAAAAAUAAAACAAUUCAAGAUCUAUCUACCUUAAAAUUAGAAUUACUACAUCAGCGAAUUACUAAACGUGACUAUUCAAGUGGUCACAGUUUUGACUCGGCAAAUGAAUUCACUGGGGUGCAAUCAUUCUUCAGAGAAUUCAUUAUUUUAUUCCUUAACAAUGGAAAUUUUUGUAAACAUUUAAUUGAUACUCUUGUACACAGAAUAGAUGUGUUAAAUACAAUGGAAUGGGCUUUAGAUUUAGAAGGUGUGUAUUAUUUUUAUAUUUUAAGUAGAAUAUUAAUUUUUUUUUUAAAUAUAAUUACAGGAACUAUGUAUCAACAAACUUACUUUUUUAAUGUUGAUUCAUUAAGAUUAUUAGCAAAAUUUUUGGCUUUUACCAUUUAUUAUCCAUAUAAAGAUUCCAAUAUAUUGAACCCAUCUUUGAAAGAUUAUCUGUGGGAAGUGCGAUCCAAGGUAUAUUCUAAUGCUAUAUAUUAUAUUAUUAUGUUAACUUUAAAUAUUGUGCAAUGUAUAUAGGUUUUACCACCAUUAAAUUUACUUGAUAAAUUAAAUUUGGCUUCCAAACAAGGACAUAAUGCGAUCAUAUUAACAAUUUCUUGGAUAAUAGAGUAUAUGUAUCAAGUUGAUAUAAUUUCAAUUACAACUCCUUUUUAUCAAAACGUGUUGACUAUGCUUUACUCCAUAUGCAUAAAUAAUUCUAUAACCACAGGUUCUAUACUUAUGUUGAAGUUACAGUUUAAUUGUUUGAUUGAAUACAUCAAUGUGGCACCUCAUAUACUAUUUGAUAAUUCUACAAAUUGUGUUGAUCAAAGUAAUUGGUUGUAAUAAUUAAUUAUUAUUGGUUAAGAUGCUGAAAAUAGUUAUAUUAAAUGUUUCAGGUUUCAUUGGAAAUAUUUUUAAAGACAUUAAAAGCGAUCUAUUGAUAAAUACUAAACAAAUUUAUCACUAUUGUCCACAAUUAAAUACCUAUCGUAAUAUAUUAGAAUGCAAAGUUGACAACAAGAAAUUAAAAUUUAUCUCACCUGUACUGAGCUCUCCCAUUAGGAAAGUAAAACAAAAUCAACUUGUAGAGGUAAGUAUAAAAUCUGGUUAAAGUUUUUAAUUGAAAUUAGUAAAAAUUUUGUUUUAAGUUGGAAUUGGAGUCAAACUUUUUUGAGAACCAUUCUUCUUCAGUGUUAAUAACUGUUGAUUUUGUUGCUAAACGAAUAGCAUCAUCUUGCACUAAAAAGAUCCAAACUAAAGGUAUGGCUGCUGUAAAGAAUCAUUUUAUUGACAUUGUAUGUGUGAAAUUCAAAGAAUAUGUUGACAACCAAAAAGUACGUAAUUAUUUAAUUCUUUUAUUAAACAUUGAUGAUAACCACACAUUAUUUUACUAAAAAAAGAAAUUUUAUAGGUUCUAGAAUUUCAUAUUGAUGGAACUGAUAUAGAAAAGUGUAAUGUUUUUAUGAAUUCAACCAUCCAACAAUAUAUGGAUAAUUUUUCCAAAAUUAAUAUUCCUAAUUCUUUAAAAGAAUUAUUGGACUCUAACAUUAUAAGUCCUAAUUCCUUGCCAUUUUGUAAUGCUGUGACAAUUCGUAAAUUCAAAGAGUUAGUCACAGAAUGGGUUAAAAAUCAUAUAAACAUCAAAAGUAAACAAAUUAAAUUGUUUUUAGUACUGCAUACAAAAUCUGAUUGUUUAAAUAUAUUUUUUUUACAGAUACAUUUGUUAACUAUAUUUCUACAGAAUUGAAACAAAAUCUAAAAAAUGGUGAAAUAAAUGAAGAUGGUAGUAAUCUGCAUAAAUUAUUGAUGUCUUCCCAUGUUGACAAUGAGCCAGAUACAGAUUUGUUCAUUCCUGACAAUAAAUUACUACUGGAUUUAAAUGUAAGUAUUUUCAUUAAUAAUUUGAAAUAAACACUAAUUAACUAUUAACUACUUAUAAGAGUAUUAUGUAAGCUUAUUUUUAAUGCUCUCAAGCUGUUUAUGUAAUUAUAAUAUGUUUCAUAAUUUAGAAUGUUCGGGUCAAAAAUUUAUUACUGCAAAUUAUUUUUUACGUUCUUUUUUUUUAUAGUUCUUAUUACUGUCUCAUUUUUUAUAAAUUAAUUGAAAAUCUGAUUUUAAAUAAUGCAACCAAAUAAAAUGCUUAUUUUAUGUAGAAAAAUUAUUGACUGAUAAACAAGAAGGAAACCAAUUAGUUAUAUGAACACUACUUGGUAAUAACAACAAAUUAAUAUUGUAAUUUGAUUUUUAUAAAAUAUAAAAAUAUGUGUUCAUAUUUUAAUUGUAUUUUAUACUAGAAAAAGUAUAAAAAUAAAAGAUAAUGGACCAGAAGUUGGAUUUCAAGGCAAGAGAAAUAUAUGGUGCAUCUAGUACAUUAUUAAAAAAAUUAAAAACCGAAGACUCUGCGGCCUACCGAAAUAUUCCAAGGAUGAACAGGGCCCAGUUUGAUACAUUGUUACAGAUGAUUGACUGACUAAUUAAGAAGUUAUUUUAUUUUAUGUUCCAAAGCAUUGGAUACUGUUCGUAAAUUUUUAAAAAAUCAAUGUUAUUACAAUUCUACUUCAUCAUAAAUUUUAAAAUUUAAAAUAUAAAAGGAAACUGAAUGAAUUAUCUAUAUCAAUAACAACUUCUUGUCACGUGUAUAUCACACAAACGACUAGCGAGCGAAUUUAAUUGCUGACACAUAGUGUGUAAAAUCGCUCAGUGUAAUCAAGGCUUUACAUUUGUAAUUAAACUUUAAUUGAUAUCUAAAAAAAAAAUACAUUAAAAAAGAGAAUAAACAAAUCAAACUAGAAAAUACUAGAGUUACUAAUGAAAUUAAGAUAAUAAAAUAUAAGGUUGAACAAUUUGAACAACUUAAUCUGGGUGAAAGUAUCCAAAUAACUGGAAUACCCAAGACUGAACAUGAAAAUUGUUCAGAUAUAAUAAAGAAAAUUGGUGAAACAAUUAACAUUGAGUUAAAUGUUACAAAAGCCAGAAGAAUAACCUUAGAGAAAUCUUAACUAAGUAUAAUCAUUGCUAAGUUGGAAAAUAAAGAUGUGAGAAGUAAAUUAAUUUGUAAAUUAAAAAUCAAUAAACUAAAUGCCAAUAUGUUAGCAAAAUAUUGGCCCAAAACCAUAUCAAAAGUUAAAGGAUCCUUUUUGGUCAAGCAAUAUCAGCAGUCAAUGAAAACAAUUACAAAUUCAUAUGGAUAUCCAAUGUUGAAAUUUUAAUAAGGAAAGAUGAAAACUCAAGAAUUUAACAUAUAAAAGCCAAUAGUGACUUAAAAAAAAUAUAUAAAUAUAAAUAUAAAAAUAUAUAUAAAUAAAUAUAUAUAAAAAUUAAAUAAAUAAAUAAAUGAAUCAAUGUGUCACCUAGAGUAUUAUAAGUAAAGAUCAGAUUUAUACACUUGGCGUCACAAAAAUCGCACCUAUUGCAAAUUAUUUUUCAAAGUAAUUUUAACUACACUUAAUCAUAUAUAAGGGUACUGUUAUGAUAUAUCAUUUGAAAGGUGAUGAAAUAAACUUGAAAAAUAAAUAAAUGGUAUGUGUUUUUGUUUAUCAGUGUUUUAAAAAAUAAGUUAAUCGUGGAAGAGGAAAACAAAUUGUAUUGAGGAUAUACAGUUUUACAAACAGAAACAGACAAUAGACUUCAUAUAAAAAUAAAAAACUGUUACUAAAUGUUAUUUAAAAUCUAGUGCUGCUUCCUCUUGCCUUAAUUACUGCUUCCAUACGAUCUUUUGUAGAAGUUAUGAGUCGUACGAUGCAUUCUUGAGAAAUGUUCACCCAUUCCGCAACAACAGCAUAUUGAAGAUCUUGGAGGGUUGAUGGGGCAGGAUCAUGUGACCGCACUCUUCGUUUUAAUUCGUCCCAGAGGUGCUCAAUUGGGUUUAGGUCUGGACUUCUCGCUGGCCAGUUCAUAACAGGGAUCCCAACCUCUUCCGUAUAAUUUUUUACAAUUAAUGCGGUGUGGGAACGAGCAUUGUCGUGCAUUAGUAUAAACCCAUCUCCAACAAAACCCGCAUAUGGUACCACAUGCUCUUCUAAGAUCUCUGUAAUGUAUCGAUCAGAAGUUAGCGAUCCUUGUCCUCAAGCGCCACCAGUUCGGGAAACGCACACAAGCUCGGUCUUGCUAUCAAUGGAAANUAUAGACACACCCUUGUUUCAUCAGAAAAGAGCACAGUCUUCCAUUGGUCAAGCGUCCAAUUAAAAUGUUCACGGGCAAAAUGUAACCGUUCUUUGCGGUGCUGUGCAGUCAGUUUUGGACCGGUAGCAGGUCUGCAGGCCAAAACUUUUUGUUCUCCUAACCUUCUCCUAACCGUAGAGGUGCUUACUGUUGUACUGCGAGCUGCGCGGAGUUGCUGUUGAAGCUCUACAGCAUUGGAAAAUCGAUUGCGCAAAGACGUCGAGACAAUAAAACGAUCAUCUCUGUCCGUUGUGCAGCGUUGUCGGCCUGAUCCAUGUCUCCGGAUAAAGCCACCAGUCUCUUGAUAACGUUGGAAAACUGCAAAACGGCAAAACGGCUCAAGUUUAGUUGCCGUGCAACAUCACAUUGACAACAUCCCUGAUUCCAUUAAUGCUACCACUUGAGCGGCUUCGUUAGCAGUUGUAUCCAUUUAAUACGUUAUUUUUUGAAAUAAUAUUGUUUAAAGAGUAUUUACGUCCUUUUCAAUGUUUAGGAAGUGAAUGACCUGCAUUUGACACUUUAAACUGAUUUUUCUAUAGCCAAAGAAUAUAAGAUAAGAUAGGAGUAUAUUUAUACAUUUUCCUAAUGCACCGUAUACUCGGAAUAUGAUUAUUGUUUAUGAAAUGAAACUACUAUCGGAUAAGAGGUCAUUAACUGUACUUUCAAUUUAUAUCUUUAUUGUUUGGAUUAAAUGUUUUGGUUGGGGAUGAAGAUGUGCGAUUUUUGUGACGCCAAGUGUAUGUUUUUACAUAUCAUUACUGAGCUUAUGCAGUUUAUAAAAGCAAGAAAUGUUCAAUUCUGAGUUAUUAGUUUUGUUUUGCGAGAUUUGAGAGUAUUUUAUAGGUUAAAUAAUAUUUUAACAUUUUGCAUAUUUUAGAAUAUUUUGUAAAUUGUGAGAAAAAAUAUCAAUUUUAACAAUACAAUACCUGGAAAAGUAUAUUUUGAAUAUUGACUAUUUUUUUUUUUUUUUUUUGUAUCAUUUUGAUAAAAAGGUUAGAGAUAUAGUACCUAAAGUUACUAUUCACUAAACAUUGUGGCUAACCAUGUAAAAUGAUUUUUAAGUGUUUAAAAAUUAAAUUACCUAUAUAGUUACAUCUAUAUUAUAUUCCUACUCUUACUUAAGAGCAUUAUUAUUCUAUUUUAAUACGCAAGUGUCACUAAUUAUUUAUUAGUUAUUAUUAUUAUUAUUAAUUGAAAAUUCAUCAUCAGGUAUAACACAGUCAAAAUGUAAAACGGGAUUCCAUAAUACUCCAGGCAACCUAUUGAUUCAUUUGUUAAUUUUAUUUUUAUAUAUUUAUUUAUGAGUAUUAAUCAUUUUUAAUAAUUUUAUUAUUACUUUAUUAUUUUAUUAAUUACAAUUUAUUUAUAUUAUUAUUAUAUUUUUUUUCUCUGGUUCUUAAUUAACUUCAUUACAUAUUUUAUAAAUCUUUUUUAUUUUUUAUAAUCCAACUAUAUUUUAAACAAUAAUAUAUAAUUUAGCAGAGAGACUUCAUCUCUAAUACAGUUAAAAUUAGUAUAAUAACAACAAUAAAUAAUAUAACAGAUAAUGAAACUACGCCUUUGAUAACACUAGAAGAAUCAAUAAACUAAUUAAUAAAACAAAAGAAGCAUUUUAAACUACUUACCUGAACUAGAAUGUCUCAACAAUAUCCUUAACAACAAAAACUACAUUAUAAUCAUGGCAUGCAAUCAUAGUUUAGUCCUAAUCUUAAUUGUAAUUAUAUACCUUUAAAAGGUUAUCAAAUAUUAACUACAAACAACAAAAUUUAUAAGUGAGGGUGUAAUAGUAUUGAUUAAAAAUUGCAUAGAGCAAGUUAACAUUUUAGAUGCAAAUUACAUCCUAACUAUAAUUGACACACGGGAUACAUUUUAUCACAGUCAUGUGUACAGUGGGAUAAGAUUUAGGUUCUGAGCGGACAAGGGAUUUAUUGGUUUUACAAAAAUGUAAUUAUUUUUUUAAUGUGAACACUUUUUCAAACAGAUAGCUUACUGUGAUUUAUAUAAUGUAGAUUCUUUUCCAAAAACAAAUUUUCUAGAUUUGGUUUUUUAAAGAGAUCAUUUUUUGAUUUUCCCUGCAGUUUUCUCAAAAAAAGGAAAAAGUGAGAAAGAAAAAAAACAGGAAAAUUAACAAAAUAUUAUGAUAUAUUUUUUUGUGGACAAUUUUUGUACCAGCAAUUUUGCUCAGAUUUACAGUGAUAGCAUUUUUUCUGAAAGGAAAGGUACUUUAAGGAGGUAAUUUUUCAAAUUUUCCCGACAAAUAUGACUGGGAAGGUACUAUAAAGAGGUCAUUUUUUUGAUUUUCUCACUAGUUUUCACAAUAAAUAGGAAAGCCCCCAUUCUUUCCCAUUUAUGACAUUUAGGACAUGGAAAAACUGUAGAAAAAUGAAAAAAUAAGUACAGUACUAAAUAAAUUUUAUUAAAGAAAAUAUACAGGGUGUCCCACGAAGAUAUACCACUUUAUUAUCUCCAGAGAUAAUAAAGAUAACCAAAUUUUUUUUUUUAUAUCACUCAUAGGGAAAAGGACUACAAAUAUUUAUAUUUGAAUUAUUUUUUUAUCAAAAAAAUUUAAAAAAUAAGUUUAUUUUAUUAUUUUUGGAAAAAUUUAAGAUAGCCAUUCUGUAAAGAUUAUUUUUCUGAAAAUUAUCUUACAUUUUUCCGAAAAUAAUAAAAUAAAAUAAAUUUAAAUAUAAAUAUUUGUAGCUCUGUACCCUGUGAUUUACAUAAAAAAAAACAGCAUUUGAUUAUCUUUAUUAUCUCUAAAGAUAUUCAAGAGGUACAUCUUCAUGGGACAACCUGUAUAAUACUUAUUUAAUUAUUUUAUCAUAAUAUAACAUAUAUAUUGUUGACAAAGCAAAAUUAUCAACUGAACUCUUCUCAGAAUCAUUUUUCCUUAGCAAUGAUUUAUCGUUGCUUACAGAUAUACAUUAAAUUUCCAUUCUACUACCUCCUAACUUCUCACCUACAACAGUGGCUGCACCCAUAGGGAAGUAUAUAUCAGUCUUUAUUUUAUUAUACAUACUUUUAAAGACACAAAAUAAUAAUAAACCUUUUGUGUUUUAAUAUAUAUUAAUUAUAAUUAUUAAUAAAUUCUUGUCUCAUUGGAACUUUUAAAAUAAUAAACUUACAAAUUUGUAAACAACUACUAAUUAUAUCUAUUAUGUAUAAUUGAUUUAGAAACUAUUUUUAUUUUAUUUUUUUUUUUUUAUGGUAUUUUAUAACUAUUAUGUAAUUUGUAAUGUAACUGUCAAUUGUCAAUUCUUGUAUCUAUUUACUGUAUUUUGUUUUUGGUUAAUAAAUUAUCAUUUUGUAUAUUUUAUACAUUUUAAACAUUUUUGCAUAGCUAGCAUUUUUCUUUAUACAUACUUUUGUUUUUAGUUAUUAUUUUCAUCUAAACAAAUAAAAUAAUUAGUCAAAUAACAUUUUAUAAUUUUGUAUAAAAAAAAAGUCAAUGAAAAAUGAACAAUUCAAUACUUUCAUUAUUAUUUAUAUACAUUUAUUUUGACCAUACUUAAAUUGAAAAGAAUUAUAAGGGUGUGAAAAUUGUAUCAUAAUAUUAUGGUUUAAACAAUUAUUAUUAUGUUUCCUUCCUCCCCCAAUUUAAACACUUAUUUUAAUUAUAAUUAUCUAUAAUAACAGAUUUUGUCAGUGUCAUGUGAAUGGUGCUAUAAUUUUAAAUUCAAAUUAACUUAUAUUUUAUAUUUCAGAUAUUAAGCUUGAAAAUUAUUGAAGCGGAUGAAUACAAGCUAACCCCUAAUGAUUUAUUUGAAUAUGCUGAAAUAUUCAAGAUUAUUUUAGAAAACAAAAAUAAAAUGAAUUCCUCUUUAUACAGAUUUAUAAUUGUGAGACUAAUUGAUAAUGUUUUACUUACAAGUAUGUCAAUAUUUCGCAUAAUGCUUAAUACUGUUAUGUAUUAUGUAUUAUUUAAUAAUACAUAAUAUUUUGUCGUAAAUUCAUAAACUAAAAUAUUUGUAUUUCAGCAUUUCACAAACCAAUGCUCAUUAAUUCAAAUGUGAUGAAAGCUUAUCAUCCUUACCUAAAUGAAAUGUUGCAUAAAGUUUCACUAAUAAUAUGUGAACGCAAUAUAUAUAUACUUUCGGAAAAGUGUUAUUCAGAAAAAAUCAUUAUAAGCGAAAAAAUUACAGCUUGGAUACAAUACUUUAUAGAAAAUGAUUUCCUUACAAUGGAUGAAUUAACAAAUCAAAUUAUGGCAAUUCUAAAAUUAUCAUGGCCUGAGGUAUUUUUAUUUAUACUAGAAAAGUAUAAAUGUCUUAGGCUCUUUUAUAUGUAGGCUACCUACUGUAAAAUGUUACCUACCAAUGAAUGUUAUCUGUUAUGUUGUAUGCUACCUACUAAUACUUAAUAAUACUGCAAAUACUACUACAUACACUUAAAAUAUUGUAACUGAUAAAAUAUUUAUCUACAUGAUUUUGUCAUUAUUUUUUAUUUUUCUUUGAUAGAGUAUUUUUUUUUUUUUAAUUUUCCCUUUUUUUAAAUACCAAUUUAAUAUUAUUGCCACUUGAUAAAUUAAUACUGAUAACCAUAAAUAUAAUUUAUUACUAUUUCUUUACUUAUACAUGAAAUUAAUAUUAAAAUAUAUACGGUUUUUAUUAGUAAUUUACUGGUAGGUACAGUGCUCGAAUUGGGGCAGAGUUCCUAUACUAUUUGUUUGAUGUGGAACACAUGAACCGAUACAUAUUUUACAUUUUCAUUAAAAUUUGAACUUUGAGCACUUAUAAAAACUUAUUCCUUAUAUUGAUAACCUCUCCUAUGCUGAUUUUUUUAAGUUUUUUUAGUCACUCUUCUUUUAUUUUUCCAAUUCAAGCAUUGGGUUGGUAGUAUAACAUAGAGAUAUUGUUAAUUGGUAGCACACAAAAAGAGUGCUAAGUUUUUAUUCAAAUAUGAAAUUGAUAAAUUGUAUACCUAAUAUAUAUUUUUUAAAUAUUAGGACACUUUAAAAUGUUUGUCUAUUUGCUUCAAAGAUCUAAAUGAUGUAUGUUCCAAGAAGUUUGAUGAUACAAAAGUUCAAGAAUUAUUUAUGUGGUUAACAAAUUUCAUGGAUGUUAUUGAGGAUUAUGAUACAGAAUUUUGAAGGACCAAAGUACAGAAAAAAUACCUUGUACUUACUAUAUGUUUUAAUUGAUUUAUACACUUAUAUGUAAUUUUUAAAAUUUUUUUUAAAAAGACUGAUUUUAAUAAUAUCAGUUUUAAUUUGUUUAAUAAUUAAAAUUUAUGAGUUUGAUCUCUUGUACAAUAAUAUACUAAACAUUUGUAUUAUUAUUACAAAUUAUACUGUCUUAUUUAUAUACAAUAAAGAAACACAAUUUUAAUUUAUUUGUAUUAAAUUUUCAUUAGUAAUCUACUAAACUAUGUUGAAUAUUAUACUUGUAUUAAUUUAUUAAUUUGGAUUAAACAAUCUUAAAGGA